AAGCGUGUUUGGCUGGCACACUGCAAUAUUUGGAUCUCGUGGCGUGGAGAGAGAGCGGGAAAAGUUCAGAUUCUUGGCAAGUUUGUCCAGUCUCUUUCGUUACACGGUGAUAAUCAGGUCGAGUUUGUCUGGCGGAAAGUUCUGGAGGAAUUUGCAGAGUUAAGAAGUGUUCCACAUGGCGUCGUUGAUUAUAUCUGAAGCCGCGGCCCAAGCUUGGGUGACUUUAGCUACCAAUGACUCGUACUGCUUGGGGGCUUUGGUCUUGGGAAACUCUUUGACCCGCUCAGGAACCACCAGAAAAAAGGUGUGCAUGAUCUCCAAAGGUGUUUCCGAAGCCAUGAGAGGGCAACUUCAAAACACUUUCGACGAAGUGGUCGAUGUUGAGGAGUUUGAUUCCAAGGAUCUUGCCAACUUAAGUUUGUUGGAGAGACCAGAAUUGGGAAUUACAUUCACUAAGCUCCAUUGCUGGAAUUUGGUUCAGUAUGAGAAAUGCGUGUUUCUGGAUGCUGAUACCAUGGUUAUUCGGAAUUGUGACGAGCUUUUUAAUCGGGAAGAGUUGUCAGCUGCUCCUGAUGCUGGAUGGCCCGAUUGUUUCAACUCGGGUGUGUUCGUCCUCAAACCAUCGCACGAUACUUACAAAGCUUUAAUCCAACACGCCAAUUCAGAAGGCUCCUUCGACGGUGGAGACCAGGGGUUGCUUAACACUUUCUUCAGUGAUUGGGCCACCAAGGACAUUGGACGACACCUCUCGUUCCUUUAUAACAUGUGUGCCACUGCCACUUAUACCUAUCUUCCAGCCUACAAAAAGUAUGGUAACCAAGUGAAAAUCAUCCACUUCAUUGGUGUUUCCAAACCUUGGCAUGUCCAAUUCGAUCCCUCUGGUCAACCUCAACCACGCCUUGGUGAGGAACACACCCUGAAUCAUUUGAAAAAUUGGUGGCACAUCUUUCAUUCGGAUGUCAAGCCUAAACUGGGCGAGAAAUUGUGUUACAGUUGUCUUGGGUAUUGUCCCUCGGGCGAUUGGUGUGCAGAGAUCAAGGAGAAAUCUUUGCCGCCUCUGCGACCUGAACCCCCCAUGGCCAUGGUCCAAACCCCUGGAGGCGGGGCUGCAUUCAUGCCCACACAACAGCAAUCUGGAGAUAAUCGUGUACAUUGGGAAGAGGGUCGACCCGAUUAUCUCGGACAUGCCUCCUUCGACAACAUCUUGAAAAAGAUCGAAUCCACGAUGUCUAGUCCUGAUAUUUCCCCAAGCCCGUCAGUAUCCGAUCUUCGCUAUUGCUCUCUUCCUUCCAACUUGGACGAGAUUCCUCCGAUCUCAACUAAUCUUGAACCCAAGGAGGAUAAAUUCGAAACUGAUCAUUCCCAACCAAAUCCCAACACGUUCCAGUUUGAACCAAGUUUAUACAUCAGGACUAACAGCGACACGAACCUUCAUUACAAGGAAGACUAUCAUCUUCCACCGUAUGUGGACAAUAAAACGGCUUGGGAGAGGGGGAAUCCAGAUUUCAUGGGGCGUAAUGCCUUUGAUCGGAUCAAAACCAAGCUAAACGAGGCUGUGGGAGAACUACCCAAUCAUCCCGAGGUUGAAAAUCACGUUGAAAGACAAUUCUCAAAUAACGAGCCUUCGCCCAAUAUCAAACAUCAACCCCAACCUCAAACAGAACCCCAAUCAGAACUUCAACCCCAAUCAGAACCUCAACCCCAAUCAGAACCUCAACCCCAAUCAGAACCUCAACCCCAAUCAGAACCUCAACCCCAAUCAGAACCUCAAACAGAACGAGAGAGUACUCCGAAAGAGUAUACUGGGUUUGACUUCGUCUUGCACAAGAUAGAAGCCUCUUUGGGGGAGAAAAUUCAGCAUAAAGCACCCUCGCCAUUUAGACCUGUGUUACCAACCAGGAUUUCGAAACGCCAUUUGAAGUCCUUGGAACAACUCGUUGAAAAUAGCUUGCCGACUUCAUCACCUCCAAAUGAGUUUAUCAACAAGACCAAUGGUGUUCAGGAACCGAAGAAUCUAUCCGAGGAUCCCAUGGUGCCGGCUACUAGAAGAGAAAUAAAUUGCGGUAUUUGUCCCACGUGUGGUCAAACCAUGCCCAAUGAGAAAACAGCAUCCAAUCAACAACCAGAAGCGGACUUAAUUAUAACUUUACCAACUCCGUCGCCCAAGCUAAAAUCGAAACGAAAAUCUCCCAAGAAAUCUCGAAUUUUAACCGUUGUACAUUAGACAUGAAUAUCAUGAUUAGUGAUCAUUUUAUAUGGCAAUUUCUUGCAGAAUACACACUAUGUAAAUUACGGCA